AUGGACCAGGCAGAUAUUCCGGCACUCCUAUCGCGUCUCGCGAGCGACGAGGAUGCCGUCAGAAAAAUGGCAGUCUUCAAGCUGCAGUCCUCUAUAAACGACCCGGCCUUUGCAGACGUGUUUAUAUCCUCUGGCGGACUGGUCGUGUUACGCCGUCUAAUCAUGAGCACGGGAGGGAAUACGCUGGCGUACUCGUUGCAGAGCUUGACGCGUCUGCUGGAGGUAGACAUGGGCUGGGAAAUAUUCGAGGGUACCGCUUCGGGCGACCUUGUUGAGCGCAUCGUCGAAUUGAUCGUCACGAACCCUUUGGUCAACAUUCUGCGUGGAGCCAUGUCGAUCCUUGUCGCCCUCGUCGCUCACUCGCAGUCCUCCGGCCGGCCAAGCACUCCCCGCACCCCAGGUUCCUUUGGUUUUAGGGCUCUGAAGCCCGCAGUUGCCGUCUACCCGCAGUUCUUCGAGCUCGUUAUCGCCCAGUUGCAUUCCGCCGACCACGCGCUUUGCGCCAACGCCCUCAUGCUAAUCAAUGCCAUGAUUCGAGACGCCGUCUCAAGUGAUGGUGGGACAGGUAACACCAGGGCGGGGAUGCCACCUAUGGAAGAAUGGUCCAAAUUCAUCAAGCGCCUCCAGGACCUGGGACUGAUCAAGGCGGUCUAUAACCUCAUGCAGAGCUCGUCGUUACAGGAUCUCGCGCACCCUCUCCUAGAGUUUCAGUCGCUUACGAAGGUUCUGCUGAGGAGGUGGCGUGAGGUGAGGGUUGAUCUCGAACGCCCCGAGCACCGACGCGGACUGAAAGGUCUACACCUUGCUAGCAACCCGGAGAAGCAGGUCAACGGCCACUCGAGGAUUGACGAGUUGAACGAGGGCAAGAAGGGGAGCCGUCGACACAACCCCGAGAAGUGGAGGAGACUUGGCUUUGAGACGGAAAGCCCCGCACAAGAGUUUGACGUUCCCGGCUUUCUGGGCAUGAUGGACUUGACCGAUUAUGUGCGCAAAAACGAGGAUAGCUUCCAGAAGCUUUUGCUUGAACAGUCAACAAAACCUAGAAGUGAGCGGUGUCCAGUCGCCCGAGCAAGCUUGGCUGUCACCAUGAUUCUUUACGACCAUUUUGAGGUUGAGAAGCUGGAAAUCGAGGACUCCAAGGGCUACCAAGGCUUGGAUGCUAUUAAGAAUAAUGAGAAGCUGUUCCGCCCGCUCCUCUUACAAUGGUCGAGGUUGCACACCGCUGGCCUACAAGCAUUUUUCCGCUUGUGGAAGUCCACCGCUGCGGAGCAAUUAGAUUUUGAGAAGGUGGCAGAGCUUGUUCGCAUUCUCAUCGAGCAAGUUGUCGGCCAAGCCAGCAGAACCAAGGACGUAUUAGAGGUCGAGGAUGAACUUUUGGAGUACGACUGCACCAGGUUACGAGAGCUCCAGAUGGAACUUCUUGAGUUGUCUUUCGAAGACCAAUGGGGCCAGCAUCUGUAUCAAGUCCGAGAAGAUUUGAGGCAAGAGGCUCUCCAGUUCGUGAAGGAGCAAAGGAUUCGAUGUCUGCUCCAGGGUUCUUGGUUCUCCAAGUCGUUACCACGCCGAGACACCAACCCACGAGAUGAGACUAAGCGGCGUCUAUAUACACCGAAACCCUGGCGGUUUGCCAAGCUGUCGCACAAUAGAAGAUACCUUCACUACGCCGACUUCGAGACUCAGACAACACAAGAUCCCGGCUUAGACAUUCUGACGGAGAAGAUUGACCUCAGCACCAUCAGUUCCGUGGUGUCGAACGUUUCAGCACCCAAUGAGGAGACUCGCAGCGCGGCUAGUAGCUCGACGUUCAAGAACACCACAACGGUCAAGUCAACAACCAAAAUUACUGUUUUCAGCUAUCUUAACCCUGUGGAGGCGGCCAAGGGUAAUGAUGCCAAAGAGCAUGCCAUCUUAACCCUCAACCCUCUGACCCACAGCCUGGCGUCGGAAUGGCUCGAUGGGCUUUUGAUGCUUCUCAAUCAGGCUCCAAUUACAGCCGAGACGAAUAAGCUAGUCAAUCUUGUCAGCGAUUUCGGUCUCAAGAUCAGACUGCUGAACGUGAGAAUAGAAGCUGCAUAUACUGGCCCGUUGCCGGGGGCCGGAGUAGUCCCUAGCCGAGAAGGUCUAGAUGAAGACUAUUUCUACGAGGUUUAA